GACAGGUGGCGCCGGAGCUCAAACAUGAAUCACCAGAGAGGUGGGCUUUGGUUGGAACGCACCAAUCACGAGCCUUGUUGGGUUCAAGGGUUAAAGGUUACAAGAUGGCGGCGACCAAACGAGUGCUGUAUGUUGGUGGUCUCACAGAAGAGGUGGACGAAAAAGUGCUGCACGCGGCAUUCAUUCCGUUCGGGGAUGUCACAGACAUUCAGAUUCCAAUAGACUAUGAAACAGAGAAGCACAGAGGAUUCGCCUUCAUUGAAUUUGAAUUGGCAGAGGAUGCUGCAGCUGCUAUUGAUAACAUGAAUGAGUCAGAGUUGUUUGGAAGAACCAUCCGGGUCAACAUUGCCAAACCUAUGAGGAUCAAAGAGGGCUCUUCUCGUCCAGUUUGGUCGGAUGAUGAUUGGCUGAAGAAGUUCUCGGGAACGACUGUCGAAGACGCUGAGGUUACGGAGUCCACUGGAGAAUCAGCCAAAUCAACAACAGCAGAUGGCGAGCCCCCAGCCAAGAAGGGCAGAACGAACCCCCAGGUUUACAUGGACAUCAAGAUUGGCAACAAGCCAGCGGGGAGACUGCGCUUUCUGCUCCGAGCAGACAUUGUUCCUAUGACAGCAGAAAACUUCCGCUGCUUGUGCACACAUGAGAAAGGCUUUGGCUACAAAGGCAGCAGUUUCCACCGCGUCAUCCCUCAGUUCAUGUGUCAGGGAGGAGACUUCACCAACCACAAUGGUACUGGGGGCAAGUCUAUCUACGGGCGCAAGUUUGACGAUGAGAACUUUGUCCUCAAACACACUGCUGCAGGUCAGCUCUCAAUGGCUAACUCUGGAGCAAACAGCAACGGCUCUCAGUUCUUCAUCACCUGUGAUAAAACGGAUUGGCUGGAUAACAAACAUGUGGUGUUUGGAGAGUUGAUGGAGGGUAUAGAGGUGGUCAAAGCCAUGGAGGCAGAAGGAACGAAAGAAGGCAAGCCCAAGCAAAAAGUGAUCAUUUCAGACUGUGGAGAGUAUGUUUGAGUUGAAGUACAGAAGUGACUGUUGUAUGUUUGUGUAGCUCUGUGUGACUGAAUGUUUGAGAAAAAUGAGCAGUGUCAGACUGCAGAAUUGUUAAAAUGGCAAAUGUUGUAUCAUGUACUGCAGUUGCCCAUGACUCAUCUGCUGUACAUGGAUUGUUCCUGUUGGUUCCACCUUCUCUGUGAUGUAAAUAUUGCAAACACUUUUUUAUAAUGAAUAUGAACAGCUUCUGUGUCAAUUUCACAUUUUCCAGAUGUAAAAUGAAACGUUUUGUUGUUAGUACAGUAUUGUGAAAUACAUCUACUCACUAUAAAAUUGACCUGUUUUAGAUUAGAAUGAUUUUGGUCAUGUAUUUUCUCUGCUAUUUUUUGAAAUAAAAUGUCUGAAAUGAAAGCAGCUCCAGUCCAAAUUAUACUGAACUAAAAUAAGCGCAACAUGUAAAUUGUUUCAUGAGCUGAAAUAAAAGAUCCCAGAAAUGUA